GUGUGCAGCGGAAUUUGUACUCAGGAUAUUUCAGCUGUCAUGUUCUGUCAUUCAUACAACAAAUUUUGCUAGUCGUAAUAUGUGUAUAUAUUAAUUUUUUGGCUUCAACAAAUCCAGUGACAGAAGCUUGAAACAUGUGCAAAAAAUACUGAAUACCAGAAGCUUGAAAUCGAUGUGAAACGGUUUCAUGGCAACGGAAUAUCUUAUUAAUUUAUUUGAAAGAAACUUGAUCAGCGCGUGCUAUAGAAAAACCUAAGCGUGCAUAACCAAGGCUGUGACUCUGAGAGACUCUGAUGUCGUUGCUUCCUACAAAACUCCGAGCUGCGAACGGACGGUCAGAAAGACAGACAGACAGAUGGACACACAGACAGCUCUGCAAGGACAAAUUUUCUUGACUCUUGAUUCUAAACAAGAAGAAGGAAAGAAGGGAUCAAACUUGGCUUCUUUUGCCUGCUACACAUACAGUAGAGUUCCGAUAGUUGGAAAUGGCAAUGAACAAGUUAACCAAUGAGUUUUUCGAGGCUUUCAACAUAGCGAGAGACAAAGUAUCGCGACUCUAUUGUAUUAAAAUUUAAGAGUACUCCCGCAUUCAAUUGGUUCAGGUUACAUAAACGCAUACACAUUUACGCAGAGCUAAUCCACACUAAUCCUAUUACGCUCUAGCAGCCCCAUUAGUGAAUUGUAAUGACCCAAAGCUUUUAUUAGCCAAAAGGCACUUUUUAAGGCCAUAAGCAUUUGUUAGCUUGGCAGUCUAAUGAUUGUUGGGAUCAAUCCAGCGUUGGCCACUUGGCUAUUCUUGGCAAAUAGGUAUUGGGAUCUUGGCCGAUUUUCGCGUUGACAUAAUCGUCGGCGAAUCAUUACGAACAUUUCGUGCCGAUCUGCUGGCAGCUGCGCUGUGCAAGCCAUUAGAAGCCAGCCAGAAGCAUCUUCACAGCUCAACGCUAAUGGCCAACGAUUUGAGAACAGCCAUAGAAACGGGCGCCAAAUUGCAAAAAUUUAAUAAUGCGCGCCUAAUGGAAAAUACCCGUUUGCUCUCGAAUGGCCCGCUCGGAGCUGCAGAUCACGAAAAGAAAGCCAUUGUGAGCGUUUGCUGAAUCUGAGCGCUGAAUGGAGUGCGCCGCAUAACUAGGUGAAAUGUGAAAGAGAGGGAGAGAGAGAGAGAGAGCGUGCAAAUGAGAGACAGUGGGAGAGCCCGAGUAAGCGGCGAUCAUGGCAGUGUCUUGGAUGGCUACUUGCUUGGCAGCUUGGCUGGUUGGCUGCUUAGCUGCGGCGGUGUGGCUGCGGUCUUUGGCAGCUUUGUUAGAGCAGCGGGAAAAAACGCAGCGCAGUCUAACGACAAGAGCUGAAGCAGAAAGACAUGCGACGACGGGUGCAACGGCCACCAGAGUCAGUGAACGCAACGCAUUAAAUCAAAGUUACAACAACAACAACAAAUACAUAAAACAUAAAAAUUAGUGAAGCCCACUCAGAGUUAAAACUGUAGAUCUUCAGAUAAUCCGACUUUAAGGCCCAGUGUUGAAACAUAAACAUAGAGCCCUAGAUAAUUGGCCCGUGUUGAAUAUGGUUGUGCAAAAGGCAGCCACGCCCACACUGCCAGCCGCAGCGGUGGCAGACGGCCCGGGCAACUGCUACAUGCAACAGUAUCAGAAAUAUGCCACACACUGCGAGACGGCGGACAGCGGCAACGGCAGCGAUCUGGAGAGCAACGGCGGCCCCGUACAGGCCACACUCAUCCUAACGGACGACAGCGAGGAGAGCGAGCCCUCCUCCUUGAACAGCGACAGCCUCAACUGCAGCAGCACGGAGUACGUGCGUCAGGCAGCCGCCAAGCCCAGCGGCCAGUUGGGACAGCGCCAACGACACAAGUCGCUGCGCAUGCUGGGCACGCUGCUGCCGGACUCGCUGCUGCGCGACAUACGGGACAGACGGAGUGCGGAGUACGUAGUUCAGUUCAGCAGCCCCGUCGAGGUCAAGGACAAGCCGCCAAACCGGCAGGCCAAGGUAGUGACCAUAGCUGAGCCAGAGACAGAGAGGGAGACGGAGGCAGAGACAGAGACGGAGGCAGAGUCGUUGCGCUUGUCGCGCGAGUCGCUCAACGAGGCGAAGAUCGAGGAGCUGCGCGCGGCGGUGCAGCGAGCCAACUUUGUGCAAACCGGUGAACAGGCACAGCUGGCAGCCACGUCGCAAACGGACAGCCGCAACAGUAACGGUAACGGCAACAGCAACAGCAACAGCAACAGCAACAACAACAGCAAUCGCUGCAGCAGCAACUACAAAUAUGCGGACGAUCAAUACUACAGCUUUCACAUAAACGAGCACGAGAACUUCAGGAGCUUCGUGCGGCACGGCGACCAGCGGGACGCGGCAGCCGAGGAUGAGGAGCACGACGUGUUCGCUGGCUAUCGAGAUGUGCGCAGCAGCGCCAGCUCGACACAGUCCACAAUACGCUCCGCCAAGGGAACGGUGCGCGGCGUUAAGAAUCGUGUGCGCAAUGGAAUAGCCACGUUCUUGCAGCUGCAGCAGCAGCCCAAUGCAAAGUGCUUCAUGGAGAAAGACCUCGGCAAAGUGGUGCUCUACACGACCAGCAUGGGCGUCAUACGAGACACCUACACGAAAUGUGCCAACGUUAAGCAGAUACUGCGCACUCUGCUGGUCAAGUUCGAGGAGCGGGACGUCUUCAUGAGCGUCGAGUAUCAGGCCGAGAUACGGCAGCGCAUGCAGACCUCACAGAUCCGGGUGCCCCAGCUGUAUGUGGAGGGCCAGCACAUCGGCGAUGCGGCCACAGUGGAACGCAUGAAUGAGUCCGGGGAGCUGCGGCAGCUGCUGAAGCCCUACAAGACCAUCGCCAGCAACUACACCUGCCAGACCUGCGGCGGCUAUCGGCUGCUGCCGUGCCCCUCGUGCAACGGCUCCAAGAAAUCCGUGCAUCGCAAUCACUUCACGGCCGAGUUCGUGGCGCUCAAGUGCAUGAACUGCGACGAGGUGGGCCUGGUCAAGUGCCACAACUGCUGAGUGGAGAGCAGAGCCUUUCGACCAUAUACAUAAAAUUAUACAGACAUAUACUCGUAUUUAGCACUUAAGCGCGCUAUUUGCAUUUUGUAUAACCCCUAAUCGUAAGCCCAGUUUAACUUAGUCAACAACAACAACAACAACAACAAGAACAAACAACAAGCAUGCAAACAUACUAACUAACCAUGUCUAGAUCUAAGUAGUAAAUAGUUUUGAAAAGGCAA